AUGAAAACAAAAAAACAAGAUAAGCCUGUCGUGACUGAACAGCGAGAAUACAUCGAAAGUGUUGAGGAAAAUGCUAUCAAAGUCAUAGGCAAGGAAAUAACUGCUCAAGCUGAACCCCUCAUUAUUCCAAUGAAGCCAAACACAUUAAUUACAGCGGAAAGGCUAAAAGAAAUAGCUGAAAAAGUAGAAAGCUCCAUCAAUGAACCAGAACAUGAAGAUGAAGAUAAAAAUCAGAAUGAACAAUUGAAACAGUCCGAGAAUGAGACACUUGAUCAGAUGGCAGCAAGAGAACUACUACAAGAAGCUAAACAACAAAAGAAAACAGAAACUGAAACACUUAAAAUAUUGGUUCCAUCAGCCCCUGUAAUAGAUGGCCAAAAAGAGUCAUCUCUAGAGGACUAUGAGGCAGUCCCAAUACAAGAUUUUGGAAUGGCAAUGCUCCGUGGAAUGGGUUGGAAGCCUGGCCAAGAAACAUCAAAGUACAAGCUGCCUAAUCUACGUCCCAAAGGUUUAGGUUUAGGAGCUGACAAAGUUGUAACAGAAAAUCAAAAGAAGAAUACAUCAAAAGAUAAUAAUGACAAGGAUUUGGCAAUUGUCAAAAAUGCUUGUGUGAAAAUAACAUCUGGUAAAUACAGCGGUUGUUAUGGCAAGGUUCUAAGUCUGGACGAGGACAAUGGACGCGUCAUGGUCAACAUUCCUAUCAAAAAGGAUACCGUCAGUUUGAGCGAAUUUAUGAUGCAUCCUGUCAGCAAAUCGGAAUACGACAAACAGUCGAAAGUUAUAAACGCGGACUCGUAUGAGGCCUACAAAAAAAGCGAGAAGUCAAUCCAGAAGAGGGAAAACGAAGGCUCUUCUAGUCACAAGUCGAGGUCUGCGGACAAAUCGGACAGAAAAGAGAGCAGAGAUAAGGACGGCCGUUCGCAGAAAAGGGACAACGAUACACACUCCAAUGGCAAGUGUGGGAACUAUAAGAGCACGCAAGAUCUGUCGAGCAGCGAGGAAGAUCACGAACAUAGAAGAAGAGAAAAGAAGAGGCACAGUAGCGCUGAAUCCCUUAGCUCAGACGCGGAUAGAAGAAAGGUAAAGGAAAACAAAAGGCACAGUAGCAGCGAUUCAGAGGGGAAGCAUCACAGAACAAGAGAGAAAAGUAGCAGCAAAAAGAAAAAAGAUAUAGAUAAGAAACGUAAAGGUAAAAAGAAAAAGAGAGACAGAGAUCGUUCGCCUGGUUACCGUAAACAUAGGAAA